CCGACUUUCUCGUCUCGAAGCCUCGCUUUUUCUCCCAACCACGCAAUUGUCCGUGCCCAGGGUCACUCACAAAAUGGCUACACCAAUACCGGCCAAGCGCCAACAGCGCGAAGAAUAUCGCCGCAAGAUCCAGGAACAGGCCGAGCGCGGCGGUGAUGGCGAUCUUUCCAGUGUGAAGAUGCCGCAGAAGAGAUUCUUCCGGCAGCGCGCGCAUGCGAAUCCCUUCUCGGAUCAUAAUUUGGACUACCCUAUUAGCCCCGCGCAUAUGGACUGGGCGUCGCAUUACCCUGCCUUUGUGGACCCCGAUGCGUCCAAUAUUAACCUCGGUGGCACAAGAAAAUUGACCAAGGACGUGGAAGUCGUGGACAUUGGAUGUGGAUUCGGUGGAUUGCUCGUUGGGCUGGCACCUCUACUACCAGACACCUUGAUGGUUGGCAUGGAAAUCCGCGUCUCAGUCCUCGAAUACGUCCGCAGCCGCAUCUCCGCCCUCCGCCUAAAACAACAGGCUCUCAAAAAGAUCGCCGCGACAAGUACUACAACCCAAGCCCCUUCCGAUACCCCCGCCACCCCAGAAGUCGAGGACGACGAAGUCGGCAGCACAACAACUAUCGUCCCGGGUAACUACGAGAACAUUACCGGUAUCCGGGCCAACACGAUGAAAUUCCUCCCCAACUUCUUCGGCCACCACCAACUCUCCAAGAUCUUUGUUUGUUUCCCGGAUCCGCAUUUCAAGGCGCGCAAGCACAAGGCUCGUAUUAUCUCUGAGAGCUUGAACGCCGAGUAUGCGUAUGUAUUGAAGCCGGGCGGUUUGUUGUAUACUAUCACCGAUGUGGAGGAGUAUCACCACUGGGUCCUGCGGCAUUUCAAGUAUGAGACUGUGGAGGGGGAGAAUGUAGCUGAUGAAAUCACUGGGGGAAUUAGGGAUCUUUGGGAACUUGUUUCUGACGAGGAACUUGAGGCUGACCCUUGUGUGCGGGUGAUGAAGUUUGAGACUGAGGAGUCGAAGAAGGUCACUCGGAACAAUGGUAACAAGUACGUUGCCGUAUUCCGACGCAAGGCCGAUCCCGAGUGGCCUGCUUAAGGGAAGAAAGAAAGAAGACAGGGUGCAUGAGUGUGUUUGACUGGUCUAUAUAUGGCUUCAAAAAGAAAGCUGGUGUAUAGGCGUUUUCCCAUCUUCAAGUCCAAGUCCAAUUUUCCAUAAUGCAUGCAUUGCAGAUACCACAAACAUGAAAUAAAUCCGGAAAUAACCAAUCUGCACUUGCUAAAUCGAAACAAACUGGAAACUCCCGCCAACUAGGGCAAUGGCAAAUCGAAACAUCAAAAAGUUUAACAUAGAACACAAUCAUAGAACCGAAAAUGCACUCUCCAUCCUCAAAACCCGAAACAAACCCCCC